GCUCGCCGCAGCAGGUGGUGCUACGCGGGGCUCCUCCUCCUCCUGUCCCUUCUCACCGGCGGCGCGGGAGAUGGCUACGUAACGCAGAUUGCCAGGAGUUGUACUAAAUACUUCACUGCUGAACGGGUUGCUCAGGUACCCUGCCUGUUUUGUUGCUAUGGGAGAUUGGAAGACUGUAACUGUGCCAGUGCUGUCAUCAGAUAGCAAAAAUAUAUUUCAAUAUACCUCAGAGAAAAGGAUAUCUCCCCCAAACAUGAACUCUCAAGUGCUACACUUGUCACUGCCUUCAUCCAAAAGCAUGCACAGCUUUUUCAGUGCCUUCUGCACAGAAGAGAAUAUUGAACAGAGUAUAUCCUAUCUCAAUAGGGAAUUGACAACAUUGGGCUUUCCUUCUAUUUAUGCAGAGUCCAAAGGAAAGGAAUUAAACUUAAUAUCUAUCAUAAAUUGCAUGAAUGAAUUGCUUGUACUGCAGCAUAAGAACCUUCGAGCUCAGGAAGAAGUAGAAAUGCAGCAUCUGAAACUGGGCAGUGAUAUGGAUCACUUACAGAACUGCUAUGCUAAAUUAAAGGAGCAGUUGGAGUUAUCUAAAAGGGAAAUAGUUGGCCUUCAGGAAAGAGACAGACAACUGCAAAGCAAGAACAGGAAUUUGCACCAGUUACUUAAAAAUGAAAAGGAUGAAGUUCAGAAGUUACAAAACAUAAUUUCAAGUAGAGCUACACAGUAUAAUCAUGAUAUGAAGAGGAAAGAGAGAGAAUACAAUAAAUUAAAGGAACGCUUACAUCAAUUGGUCAUGAACAAAAAGGACAAAAAAAUAGCUAUGGAAGUUCUAAAUUAUGUUGGUAGAGCUGAUGGGAAGAGAGGUGCAUGGAGGACUGAUAAGACGGAAGCCAGAAAUGAAGAGCAAAUGUACAAAGUUCUGCUAAAUGACUAUGAGCAACGCCAAAAACAACUUUUAUUGGAAAAUGCUGAGCUGAAAAAAGUUCUUCAGCAAAUGAAGAAAGAGAUUAUUUCACUUCUUCCACCACAGAAACAAAAACCUAAAGAAAGGUCUGAAGAUGGGCCAGUACUUUCAGACUUGGAGGAGGACACUGGAGAGUUAAAUAAAGAGAAUAUGUGGGAACUGUCAUGUGAAACUGUGCGAGAGCAGCUUACCAACAGCAUUAGAAAACAAUGGAGAAUGUUGAAAAAUCAUGUUGAAAAGCUGGAUAACCAAGUGUCACGUGUGCAUUCAGGAGCUUUGAAUGACAAAGAUGUAAUCUCAAGGGAAGACCAUGAGCUGGAAACUGAAAAACUAGAGUUAGAACUUCAGCAAUGUAAAGAAAUGAUCAAAACACAGCAACAACUUCUACAGCAACAGCUUAUGUCUCCAUGUGAUGAUGACACCACUCUGUUACUACAGGACUGCUAUCUUCUGGAAGAAAGAGAGCGUCUUCAGGAAGAAUGGAGACUAUUUCAAGAACAAAAAAAGAAUUUUGAGAAGGAACGAAAAAGUUUUACAGAAGCUGCUAUUAGAUUAGGACUAGAGAGAAAAGCAUUUGAAGAAGAUAGAGGAGCAUGGUUGAAGCAACAGUUCUUAAGUAUGUCUACCGAUUACAAGCACUCUGAAAAUGUGACAACUCCAAGUGCCUUCAUAGGAACUUCUGACCAAGACAAUCGGCUAGUGAACUCAAUGUCUCAGCAGAGAAAACCUCACUGUAUGGUGAGUGGUCCUGUUUCAGCUGAAUCCUGCCAGACUUCCCAGUGUAUUUCACAUAACAGUUUCAAUGCUGCAUUAAAAAAACCUGCUGUUGACACCGAGCCAAAUCAGUGGGAGGAAAGUGAGAAGGAAGAAACUGAGUAAUGCACAGUCCCAGGAAGACUCUGAAGCUGGCACUCUGCUAUGUAGAAACUUGCACAUAGAACAACUGCCUUAGACUUCCUAGGGUUGCCUGCUGUUUUGUUAGAGAUGUUCAUAAACUUACUGUUCUGAAGUGUAACAGGAUGCUGUGAGUUUGAUCAUUCUUCUGAAGGGUUAUGUGGUAGGCUGAGCUGUGAUGUGUAUGUAUGUGUGUGCACAUGGCUUUUAAUUUUUAUAGACCAUUUCUUGCCUCUUUUUUUCUUGCAGCUCUUGAAAGAUGCUUAUUUAAAAGUAUAUUAAAGCUUUGGUAUUUUUCUAGUAACAGAAGCUGUGAUUCUGUGAAUGAAGCUAUGGUCUGAAACUUUGGCUGUAAUGAAAUAUUGGAUCGUAAUGUUUUUUUUCAUCACAGACAGAGAUAGCACUUUUAGGAAUGGUUUAAUUAUUGGAAACACUCAUUAUGAGAAACAUCUCAAGCAUAACUGGCAUUAAAACUUCUUUUGCCUCAACUUGAAUGUACAGUAUACUGUAGAUUUUUAACAAAACAAGUUCUAUAUUUAUUAAUUUGUGUGAUUUGAAAAUACCUCUUUGAUAUUUCAGAUGACCUAAAGCGCGAAAUCUUUAUAUAUUUGUAAAUAGACAAAAUGAUUAUGCUGAGAAACCAUGGAAUGAAAUGCAUACAUCCAUAAUAUUAUUUUACGUGGUAUUUUAAAUUGUUUUAUAGUGAUACUCUGUUUACAGAUGCAUUAGGACGUUCAAUGGUUCAUCCAGGAAUAAAAUUAUUUCAAAUGUUAAAAAUAAAAGUGUA